AAAUCUCAUUAAAAAAAAGAACAUUGAACUGAAAACAAACAAACCUACGAAAGAAUGCCUGAGAAAGACAAUUGUGGUGUCGGCAUAAAUGAGCCAAGAUUGGUGGUGAGGAAGUUCCUGGCAAGGCCGCAGCAUGAAGGAGUUGGAGCUGUCGUAAGAAGAAGCAUCGGCCGUUUCGAGAUAAGAUACUUUGAUCCUUUCCUUGUUUUGGAUGAAUUCUCAGUCACGGCACCUGCUGGAUUUCCAGAUCAUCCACACAGAGGAUUUGAGACAGUCACCUAUAUGCUACAGGGGUCAGUUACACAUGAAGACUUUGAGGGGCAUAAGGGGACCAUUGGAGCUGGUGAUGUUCAAUGGAUGACUGCUGGAAGAGGCAUUGUCCACUCAGAGAUGCCUGCACCACAAGGAACCCAAAAGGGUCUCCAACUUUGGGUCAAUCUCUCCUCCAAAUAUAAAAUGAUUGAACCAAGGUAUCAAGAAAUGUCAAGUAAGGAUAUUGUUGAAACCGCAAAAGAUGGAAUCAAAGUUAGGGUUAUAGCCGGUGAAGCCAUGGGAAUAAAGUCACCAAUCUAUACAAGAACCCCAACAAUGUACUUAGAUUUCACUUUGGAUCCCGGGAGUCACCUCCGACAAUCGAUACCGAAAUCGUGGAAUGCCUUUGUUUAUGUGUUGGAAGGAGAAGGUAUCUUCGGGCGGUCGAAAUCAUCACCGGUGAAUGCUCACCAUUUGCUUCUUUUGGGAGUCGGGGAUGGCUUAGAGGCAUGGAACAAGUCAUCUAAAUUGUUAAGGUUCGUUUUAAUUGGAGGUGAACCACUGGGUGAACCAUUGGUGCAAUUUGGACCGUUUGUGAUGAACACUCAAGAAGAGAUUGAUCAAACAAUUGAUGAUUUCGAAAAUUACACCAACGGAUUUGAGAAAGCAAGGCAUUGGAGAUCUGAAUUAGGUCUUAAUCUAGACUUUUGAUUCCUUAUUUUGUUUUAAGAAUUUAUCAAUUUAAUUUUAUCAAUAAAAUAUAGAAAAAUGAUAAAAUAAUAUGUA